AAUGAUUUGAAUGUUUCUUGUCGGUUAGUUCCUAAACUCAACUUCUAUCCUAUUUUUUUUCUUUUUUCACAUUUCAUUUUCCGUUUUGCCAUCUUCAACAUUUUUGAUUCAAAUAAAGACCAUUCAUCAUCUCUGGUCAUCAAUUAUCAAUUCAUUCAUUCAUCUCAUUUACCAAGAACCUUUAUCGUACUAUCUUGUCAAGUACAAAAGUUAUCCAAGAUUGCCCAAGUCUAUUUAAACCUUUACCUUCUUAAAAUAUCAAACGGACAAUGUCAUUGAAUUUGGUGAUACCCAAAAGUGAAAUGAAAUUGCAAGAAACUCAAGAAAUCAAUCCUAUGAUCAUCGAAUCAAGAAGUCAAGAAGAAUGUCAUCAAAUCCAAAGAGAAGAUUCGAUCCCAGAUAGUUUACCAUCCUUAAGCACUUCACCUACCAGAACUCAAUCAACUUUACAUUUAACUUCAUUACCUAAACCGAAUUUAAAUUCAUGGAAAUCUAAUCAAAACCUUUCAUUAUUCAGAUCACCCACUGAAUUGAUAUACGAACCAUGUUCACCUUCAAGUUGGUCUUCAACUUCACCACAUUCGAAUCAUAGAUCUAUGAUUGGUUAUUUUGAAUCAGUCUUACUUAAACCGGCUCAUAAUCGAUUGAUUUCAAUUUUAAAUAAAUCAGAUACUAAUUCUAAAGAGCUUUCAGUUCAACUUAAUAAACCUUUACAGAACCCUUCAAUCGAUUCGACGUUUGAAAAAUUAUGUUUAGAUUCACAAGCUGAUUCGAUUAGUAAUGGUAGUGGCAGUGGUGAUUCUGGGUCUAGUUCGAUUACUCUAAGUUCGAUUCAUGAAGCUCAGUCUAUCAAAUCCAGUUCAAGUACUAUUCUUACUGAUCCUCAUCAAAACCUUCAUUCUAAUAUUGUUUUGAAUCCGACUAAUCAAUCGAUCACUAGUGAUUUUGAUUAUAUAGACACUUCAAGCUUUCUUGAUUCCAAUUUGAUCACACCUAGAAAAAGUUCUGAAACCCAACCCAACAAUGAUAGUAGUAGUAAACCGAUCCGACCCAAACUAUGUCCAUUAUUAUCACCAAGGUUUCCAAAAUCACCACCAACUACUAAUCAUCAUAGAAGAUCGACACUUUCUACAUUAGAAAAAGAAAACGUAAGAGAAGGAGAAGAAAGAAGAAGUGCAUAUUUUAGUCAAAAAGCUUUGAUGUAUGGAUUUGGUUAUGAGUUUAAUCAUGUAGAUUCUUCUAGAAGUAGAAUGAUGACCGUCGAUGGGAUCACGGAUUUGAUGGCUAAAAGAUUGGAUUUAAGUUUUGAAGCUUUAGAGGAAUUUAAUCGACUGGAUGGGGUUCAGAUUCGGAAUAGGAAGGGUACUUCAUUGGUUCCUCAAGAAGGUAGUUUGGUAGAUGAGAAUGAUGAGGUGAUGGAUUUGAUUCAGGAUGAUGAGCGGAUCGAAAAGGAUGAGUUUGGAUUUGAAGAACUUGAUGGAAAACUUAUGGAGAAUCUGGAUGUGCAUCGAUUGAUUUGUAUUACUGAUUGGAUCAAGAAUAUCGUGAAGUGAAUCAAGUCGGAUUCAGAUUUGGUUUAGAUAAAAAAGAUCCAAGCGAGCGCAUUUCAUACAUUUUGAUCAUCAUUUUUUAAUUACUUCUUAACUUUUAAUCAUUAAAAUGGACCACUUUGGGCGAUGUAUUCUUUAAUGGACCCUUACAAUUAUUAUUAUUAUUAUUCGAAAAACAAUUUAUCAUGAUUUGUAUCUCAUCUUUUUUUAUUUGUUAACCCAUGUAUUUGUAAUUUCGAAAGAUGAUUUUUUUCGUUGGAGUUUGUUAUUCAAUUUAUUUGUUUUGAGAAUCUCAAAGAUUUUAUUUUAUUUACUUUUCUUUGUAAUCAAGUAUUAUAAUAUCAAGGGUUUUUGUUUGUGAUGGUAUAGAUUUUAAAAAAUCUUGAUCAACUUUGUUUUGAAGUUUGGAAUAUAAAAAAUAUAUCAUUUUAUCUAU